AUGAAGGAAGCUAUCGUCAACAAGGAGAUUAAAGUAGAGAUCAAGGAUGUCGCCGUCCCAAAGCCUGGGCCGGACGAGGUCUUAAUCAAAGUCGUCGUUGCAGGAACCAACCCUAAGGACUGGAAACUGCCUAGCUGGCUUCCAGCGAGCAACAACACCAAUACAGGCGAUGAUAUCGCCGGCACAGUUGAGGCCGUUGGCGACAAUGUCUUCGGCUUCUCCAAGGGUGACCGGGCCGCUGCAUUCCACGUCAUGAUGACGCUGCACGGCGCCUUUGCCGAGUAUGCCAUUGCACCCUCGAAUACUGUCUUCGCCCUGCCGUCGGCCGUCUCCUACGAGGAGGCUGCCACCAUCCCGCUGGCUGCGUUCACCUCCGCCGUCGCGCUGUUUCAUCAGCUCCGGUUUCCGUCGCCGUGGGACGCCGAGGCAGCGCAGGACAGCAACGGGAAGCGGCCUGUUAUCAUCUACGGCGCGUCCACGGCAAUUGGCGCAUUUGCCAUCAAGCUCGCGCAGGCAGCGAAUAUUCACCCCGUCAUUGCCGUGGGGAGCAAGAACAGCGAGUUUGUCGUGCCGUUUUUGAACCCCGGCAAGGGUGACCGGAUCGUGGACUACACGGCAUACAAAACGUCUGACGAGCUGGCUAUCGCACUGAAGGAUGCCAUUAAGGACGCUGGUGUCGAGGAUGGACGCGCAUACGAUGCGUACGACUGCGUCUCGGAGAACGAGACGUAUGUCACUCUGAGCAAGGUCAUUGCCGGGCCUCCAGACGCCAAUGGUAGGAAGCCGAGAAUCACGCACGUGUUGCCUGUGGAUGAGAGCGCAGCGGAUCCGAGCGUGGAGCUUGUGAGAACGUCAGUGGCUCACGUACACAAGGUGCCCCUUUUUGGCACGGUCUGGUCGGCUGCCUUCGCCAGGGGGCUGCGAGAUGGAUGGCUCACCGCGCACCCGUAUGAGGUGGUGAAGGGAGGCCUUGGAGGUUUGGAGGGGGCGCUUAGAGGUCUUAAGGACGGCACGGUCAGGGCCAAGAAGAUGGUGAUCCGGAUUGGGGAGACGGAGGGUGUUGCACAGUAG